AUGCAGUGCACAGUGGGCGCAACGCCUGCUGCUGCUGCUGCUAGUGGUCUUCCAUCCCUGUCGUUUGGGGUGCCUCCAAUCGGGAUCGGCACUUAUGAACUUCGCGGAGACGCCUGCGUGAACGCCGUACGGGCCUCUCUCCAAAUGGGCUACCGUCUCAUCGACACCGCGGCGGCGUACCGCAACGAGGAGCUCGUUGGAGAAGGCAUUGCCAGCAGUGGCGUGCCGCGAGCAGACCUCUUCGUUGUGGUGAAGAUAGCAAUGAAGAGCAUGGGGGCUGACGAAACGGUGCGACAGGGAGUCCUCGACAGCAUUCGAAAGCUCCGCAUCGGCUACAUUGACUGCGUGCUCAUGCACUGGCCGGGGUGCGGCGGACUAAAACCACAAGACGCAGCAGGCAAUCAAGCGGCCCGCGCGCGGUGCUGGCGCAUCAUGCACGAGCUGCAGAAACAGGGAAAAGUGCGCUACUGCGGCGUGUCGAACUUUCUGCCGCGGCACUUCAAGGAGCUGAACUGUUUCAACGACAGCGACGACGGCCAGCAUACUGAGUCUGAGGCUCUCGCUGCAGCGGCGCAACUGCGCGUGCUAAGCACGAGCGAAAGGAAGGAAGAAGACGGCGUGCACAGGCAUUACAGUGGCAGCAGCGGUGGCUGCCCAUCCUCGUCUUCUGCGCCAGCACUGCCUUCCACAUCGUCAGAGCUGUGUUUGCCGCCUAUCCUUAAUCAGAUUGAACUGCACCCCCUGUGCAUUCAGCGCGACGUCGACAUGUACUGUCGCAGGCUUCAUGGCAUGCUGUUGCAGCAGUACUCCCCCCUUGGCAAGGGUGACGUACGCCUCUUGCAGCACCCGGGACUGCUUAAGGUGCACGCACAGUGCUUUCCGAGCCAAUGUGGUGGCAAUCAUGCGUCAGCACCAGUGCCAGGGGCAUCGCCUGAGGCUGCCAAGUCCUACUCCGUCGUGGACAUGAUACUCAUGUGGGGCCUAGCACAAGGCUACUGCGUGCUGGUUCGGAGCCACAGGCUGGACCACCUCCGCGCCAACUUAGAUGCCGCUCGCGACUACUUCGCCUCUGUGAAAGCAGUCGCGAAGGAAAUGGGCAACAGUGGCGGCGGCAGCGCUGAUGAAUCCAUGGCUUCGGCUAGCACGGCACGCGCGCUACUGACGGCAGAGCAGCUCAAUGUUAUUCAGCAUCUCCGUGUGCACAUUGGCGUCGAGGACGAUCAAGACAUGCAUCUGUGCUGGUACAGCUCUCAAAUCGCUUGA